AUGCUUAUCAAAAUAUUAUUAGGUGUAAUCGGAUAUAACAUAGUGGUUACUGCUUUGAAUCAUGAUACAUGUAAGAACAUAUCUAGAAAUAACCUUUUAAAUAUGUGCAAUGAUAAUAAUUGCACAAAAAAUCUUUCAUUUGAAAUAUUCUGUACAAAUUUGCGCUCCAAAGUAUUCAAAUGUGGAUCACUUUUUAUACCUCACGAAUUUAUUUGUGAUGGUAUAAGUAAUUGUGAUAACAAUAUGGAUGAAUACCCAGGAAUUUGUUCGCUUAUCACUUGCGAGAAAGGCUUCUACAAAUGUGACAAUAUUUGUAUCGAUUUUUUCAAACUUUGUGAUGGAGUUCGAGAUUGUAACGAUGGCUCUGAUGAAUCCAGUUUAGUUUGUAAGAAGUUGAUUGAUUCAAGUGGCAUAACUUGCCCUAAUAUAUUUCUGGCAAAUCACAUUGUCAGUUGCUAUAUUAACGAUAAAAAUGAAUCCUACUUAAUCUCUUGUGGUGGAUUUUAUCCACCAGAAACCAAGGCGGAAGUGAGGUGUAAGUCGCUUUUUUAUUCGAUAAAGGGAAGCGACUAUCAAAUAUUAACCUGUCAAGAUAAUGGAAAUUGGAACAAAGAUCUUAUGGAAUGUGAAGUUGAAUGCGGUACAAUACCGGAAGUCAAAAUUUCUCCCUUAAUAAUAAAUGGCCUGGAAAUUAGUCCAGCCUUCUGGCCUUGGUAUUGUGCGCUUUUCACUUCGAUAAAUUCUAAUUGGACCUUCUUCUGCGGCUCUACUAUCAUAUCUAGCAAUUUAUUGCUUACAGCUGGUCAUUGCGUAUGGAAAAUGCCAGAAAACCUCAUAAAAGCAAUAUCGGGAAAAUCCUUCAGUGAUUUUUAUAAAAAUGAGCUUAACAGUCAAAUGUCUGAUGUUGAAAGUACAUUUAUUUAUCCUUUAUAUCAAGAUUCACUAGGGAAUUAUGGUUCGGAUAUUGCUAUAGUAAAACUUAAGUCUGGUUUUUCUUUCAACGAGUUCAUUCUUCCCAUUUGUAUGAAUUGGACACUCCGGAAUUUUAUUCGGGAGUUAGAGACUAGGACACUUGAAGGGCAGGUCGCAGGAAUGGGAAUAACCGAAAAUGGCACAAUUUCAACCCGGUUACGUAGGACCAAUGUAGAAAUACUCAAAACUGAAGAUUGCAUACAAAAUCAGAGAUACGAAUUCAAGAAAUAUGUUACAAUAGCGUCAUUUUGUGGUAAAGGGAUUGAAGACACCAUUAUUUGUAAUGGAGACAGUGGAAGUGGUUUAGCAGUUCAAAAUAAAGAUACAGGAAAAUGGACAUUGGAAGGCAUAGUGAGCAUAAGUCCUAAAAAUCCCAAAGAUGCUUUAUGUGAUAAAAAAUAUUUCACCUUAUACACUAAUGUUGGCAUUUAUGUUAAUUGGGUUUAUAAAUAUUAUAAUAAAUAAAAGCGAAAUGGACAAGGGCUAAGUAUAUUAGG